AUGUCCAACCGCCACACGCCAUCUCCGUCGCCCUCGCCCCCGCGCGAUCAGCGUGCAGUAGGGGGUCGGGGGCGGAGACGCUCACCUUCUCCGUCCCAUGUGAUAUCAGGACCACCACCAGCAGGUGGGGAUAGCUGGUCUUCCUCGCCUGUUCAGGAGCGAUCAUCCCGGUUCGGAGCCCGUACUGAUCGCCUGCGUGAUCAAUCGCCUUCAGAGACCCGAAGCUGCAGCAGACCAGCUGCUCGCAGACGCUCCCGCUCCAGGUCUCUGUCAAGUUCUCGUUCAAGGUCAAGAUCGCGAGAUCGCGCGGGUGCGAAACAGCGUUUUGGCCGUCCUGGUGAUGACAAUGGCAGGCCGAGACGGCGCAGGUCCCUGUCGCGUUCACGUUCAAGAUCAUCAUCCAGAUCAGACUCGCAGUCGCGGUCGGAGCUGAGGCGGCAUUACGAGGAUGCAAAGGGCAAGGCAGCCCACGACGCCAAAAAGGAAAAUGCUGUGAAAACCACGGCCAUUUUUCUUGGGGCUAUUGCCGCCACGACUUUGGCAGUUCACAAAUUCUGGCCCAAGGGGUUCCCAUAUGGGCCCAAGGAAGAAUGGGAAACACGGGAAGUUCCCAAGCGUGUCCAAAAAGUAAAGGAAGAUCUGUUUGAAAAACGUGAGGAAGUGCACCAGAAAAUCGAGGACAUCACGCACGGCCGGCGGCCCAUGCUGGAGGGUCGGCCCCGACGAUCUGAUUCCACGGCAUCAGUUGGCUCUGGCAAUGGCCGGCGCUACGCAGAAUAUGAUCGUGAGCGGAUGUAUUACGAAGAUCGCAAGGGCAGAAGAUUUUUGCCGGCGGCUCGAGAUCGGGAAGGAAGACCAGGGCCCGAGCUGGAAGGUCGUCGCAUAGACCCUCAGCCCCGGCAUGAAAUGGUGUACCGACAUCAAGAGACACGCUACAGGGGUGACGAUGCUGCUCGUGCAGAUGCGGGAGCACGGCUAGUCGGUCGCUCAAGAGAGGAAGUAGAAAUCCACCAGCCACCCAUCCGGAGCAGCAGGCUCAUGCCUGAGGAUGCCAGUCAAUGGCCGCGGGAUAUGCCACGGCAGAAUGAUGCGAGACGAGUGUUGCAAGAAGACACUUCUUCUCGGUCUUCCUUGAAAUACGCGGAACCUGAGGUUCUCAACCCGCCGUCAACAGAGAUCAUUACGGAGCAUCGAGAAAUUGUUCGUGGUCGUGAUCCAUCGCCUGGUCGUGAUUAUGAGAGACCGCGAGACCGGACACCAAAACGCAAGGUCGUCGAAACUCGAGAGAUAAUUCGAGAGAAAGCAACCGCGCCCCCGUUGGAACAUCACAGGGAAUCAGAGCGAACUCGGGAACUUGAUCUGGAGCCAAAACCAAACAUGAUCACCGUAGAACGACACGAUACGAUUCGCCAGCGUGACGUUUCUUCUCGAGGCCACAAACCCGUAAGAGACGGUCAACCCAGGGAAACAAUUGUCGAGCAACAAGAGAUCGUCCGGAGACAAGCUCCCUCCCUCCAACGGGAACAUGAAGACAAACGAGAGCACAACAUGAUAAGCAAGAAAGUUGUCAGAGAGCGGCGCGAGGAACUAGGAGACCGGAGUUCAUCGCCACACUAUGAAUAUGAGCGAACCCGCGAACAACCGAGGGAGUUUUGUCAAGAGCACAGAGUGAUUCGCGAGCGAGGAAUCUCGCCGCCUCGCGACGGGGACAGACCUCGAGAAAGGCGAUCAAGUCAUGAAGCGCCAGAUCCCAUCGAGGAUGACUACUUAGAACCCCCACCACGUACGCGUCGUGGCUUGUCGCCCAUGCCACACUCAAGAAGGAGUGACAGGGAGCGAAUGAAGGAGCAAGAAGUUGCUUAUUACUGA